CGGGCCCUUCCUGCCCCGGGAGCCGCGAUGGGCCCGCAGCGGGACUAGCGGGCACCCGGCCGGCCGCCAUGGCCCUCAGCGCAGCUCCGGGCAGCCGCGCCGGGGAGCGGGGGCCCCGCUGGAGGAGGCCCUGGAAGCUCCUGGCCCUUGGCCUGCUCUCCGCCUCCUCCGUGCUGGCGGCCGCCCCGGGCGCCGGGGCCAUGAGCAGGGAGGAGAAGCGCCGGCUGGGAAAUCAAGUGCUUGAAAUGUUUGAUCAUGCAUAUAGCAAUUACAUGGAGCAUGCGUAUCCAGCUGAUGAACUCAUGCCUUUAACUUGUCGUGGACGAGUGCGGGGUCAGGAGCCAAGUCGAGGGGAUGUGGAUGAUGCCUUGGGAAAGUUUUCACUGACCUUAAUUGAUACCUUGGACACUCUUGUGGUGUUAAAUAAAACCAAAGAGUUUGAAGAGGCUGUAAAAAAAGUAAUAAAGGAUGUUAAUUUAGAUAAUGACAUAGUUGUGUCUGUCUUUGAAACCAACAUAAGAGUCCUUGGAGGUCUCCUAGGUGGGCACUCAGUGGCAAUUAUGCUGAAGGAAAAAGGUGAAUAUAUGCAGUGGUACAAUGGUGAACUCCUGCACAUGGCAAAGGAACUGGGCUACAAGCUUUUACCUGCUUUUAACACCACUAGUGGUCUCCCUUAUCCAAGAGUUAACUUAAAAUUUGGUGUAAGACAUCCAGAAGCACGAACAGGAACAGAAACUGAUACGUGUACAGCUUGUGCUGGUACCUUGAUCCUUGAGUUUGCAGCUUUAAGCAGAUUCACAGGAACAUCUAUAUUUGAGGAGUAUGCCCGGAAGGCGCUGGAUUUUAUCUGGGAGAAGAGGCAGCGCAGCAGCAACUUAGUGGGGGUCACCAUUAACAUCCACACUGGGGACUGGGUCCGCAAAGAUAGUGGAGUUGGAGCAGGAAUAGAUUCAUACUAUGAAUAUUUAUUAAAAGCCUAUGUCUUGCUGGGAGAUGACAGUUUCCUGGAAAGAUUUAACACGCACUAUGAUGCCAUAAUGAGAUACAUCAGCCAGCCACCUCUUCUCCUCGAUGUUCACAUUCACAAACCAAUGCUAAAUGCUCGGACCUGGAUGGAUUCUCUGCUUGCUUUCUUCCCUGGAUUGCAGGUGUUGAAGGGUGAUAUUAGACCUGCUAUUGAAACACAUGAGAUGCUGUAUCAGGUUAUAAAAAAGCAUAACUUUCUUCCAGAGGCAUUCACAACAGACUUCAGAGUUCACUGGGCUCAGCAUCCUCUGAGGCCUGAAUUUGCUGAAAGCACCUACUUCUUGUAUAAGGCUACAGGAGACCCUUACUACCUAGAAGUAGGAAAAACCCUCAUUGAAAACUUGAACAAGUAUGCCAGAGUUCCCUGUGGGUUUGCUGCAAUGAAGGAUGUUCGUACAGGAAGUCAUGAAGACAGGAUGGACUCAUUCUUCCUGGCUGAGAUGUUUAAAUAUCUGUACCUGCUGUUUGCUGAUAAGGAGGACAUGAUUUUUGACAUUGAGGAUUAUAUCUUCACUACAGAAGCUCAUCUGUUGCCACUCUGGCUCUCCACUACAAACCAAACCAUCUCUAAAAAAAAUACAAGCACAGAGUACACAGAGCUGGAUGACAGCAACUUUGACUGGACCUGUCCGAACACGCAGAUCCUCUUCCCAAAUGACCCCAUGUUUGCCCAGAGCAUCCGCGAGCCUCUGAAGAAUGUGGUGGAUAAGAGCUGUCCCCGGGGCAUUUCUAGGGCAGAAGAAAGUUUGGGAAGUGGACCAAAACCACCGUUGAGAGCUAGAGACUUCAUGGCCAGUAAUCCUGAGCACCUGGAGAUCCUGAAGAAGAUGGGAGUCAGUUUGAUCCAUCUGAAAGAUGGACGAGUACAACUAGUGCAGCACGCAGUGCAAGCAGCAAGUUCCCUGGAUGCUGAGGAUGGCUUACGGUUCAUGCAGGAGAUGAUUGAGCUCUCCAGCCAGCAGCAGAAGGAGCAGCAGCUCCCUCCUCGUGCUGUCCAGAUUGUUUCCCAUCCCUUCUUUGGCAGGGUAGUCUUGACUGCUGGGCCAGCACAGUUUGGGAUGGACUUGUCCAAACACAAAGCAGGGACAAGAGGAUUCGUUGCAACCAUUAAGCCAUAUAAUGGAUGCUCAGAGAUCACUAAUCCUGAGGCAGUGAAAGAGAAAAUUGCUUUGAUGCAGAGAGGCCAGUGCAUGUUUGCUGAAAAGGCACGAAACAUUCAGAAAGCUGGAGCAAUAGGAGGCAUUGUCAUUGAUGACAACGAGGGCAGCAGCAGUGACACAGCCCCUCUCUUCCAAAUGGCUGGGGAUGGCAAGAACACAGAUGACAUCACCAUUCCCAUGCUCUUCCUCUUCAACAAGGAAGGGAACAUCAUCCUGGAUGCCAUCCGGGAGUAUGAGGCUGUGGAGGUGCUCCUUUCUGAUAAAGCAAAAGACAGAGACUUGGAAAUGGAGAAUAUGGACCAGAAAUCAUCUGAAAGUGAUGUACACAAACCAAAUUCCGAGGAAGCUCCUUCAGACUCUCAGGAUGCUGGGGCAGUCAGUGAGGAGCCCGAAGGAGGAGGAGAGAGCUCUGCUGUUGGUGACCCUGAUCCUUUGUCUCCAGCCAGCACAGCCAGUGCCAGUGUUUCCAUGGCAGAUGAGGAUCCCCACCCCUCUGGAUCUGCAGAGGCCAGUGCUCCAGAGCCAGCAUGCACACCAGAGGACAGCCAGCCUCAGGAACAAAACACCCAGACAGAGGCCAGUUCCAAAGCUCACUGGGAUAGUAAAGUCCAGCCUAUGGAAUCCAUAUUAGCAGACUGGAAUGAAGAUAUAGAAGCAUUUGAAAUGAUGGAAAAGGAUGAGCUAUGACUUGUAAUAAUAACUUAUUUGUUAAUAAACAAAUGGAGACCUCUUUGGGUAGAAGUGAGGCCCUGAUAUCCAAGAAAACAUAUUCAGUAUUGGGAUGAGCAACCAGGUGUCACCUGGAAAACAAAACAGAAUUCCAGCACAGGCUCUUUGUAUGUUUUAAUUUUUCCUGUUUAAAAAUGGGAACGUGCAAUCAAAGCAUUUGGGUGGCCCCAUGGCUGGUGCUGUGCCCCAGGUAGGGACGAGCCUCACUCCUGCCUUCCAGGCUCUGAGGGGACUCCUGGGGCUCUGGGAAGCAGUUGAGCAGGGUGGGGUGACAGACCCUGGAAUGGUUCUUGAUGGGGCACCCACCCCUCCCCAGCUGAAAGCCUUCCUUACAGCAGCAGGGGAAUUGCUUCCAGGUGUUUGCAGAGCUGGAAGCAGUCUGGUUUUGUCUGACAUAUCAUAGUGCUGCUCAUCACUCCUUGCACCCCUUACCACCAGAGCCACAGGGGGACCUGGGAGUUGCCCUCCUGCUCUGCUUCCAGCUGGAGGAAUUGUACAAACCAAAGGCAGAGUGUGAGCAGGUCCUGUCAGGGAGGCUGGGCCAGCCAUGGGGCCACUAGGAAAAGGUGUGGGAAGGUCCUGCUGGAGGCUGAGGGAGGCACACAAGGCAGGUGUUGAGUCCCAGGUGUUUCCCUUGACCUCCCAGGUGGAAAAACUCCAGUCUGCCCCAAAAUCUGGAACAGUCUCUGAAAGGACACAGCUCCAUCAGCUGUAGCAAAACCUUUUUCUACAAGUUUGACUUCCAACAGCUUGACUCCAUUGUUCUUUUUAUAUACAACUUGUGUGUGUGGUGUUUCAGGCAGGGAGGCCAGGGCCAGUGAGGAAGAGCAACAAUUCUGGUUGUUGGGUCAAUAGUUCAGAAGCCAGGGGUGUUAUCCCAGGCUCUGGAGUUUGUUACAGGUAAGUGGGAGUCCAGAUUUGUUAUCCACAUUAUAUUUAAGUAAAAAUGAGGAAGUUUAAAAAACAUAGAGGCAUUUUGACUGUGUCCAAAGAAACUGCCAAAAACUAAUUAACUUGAUUUAUAUAAACUCUUUUAGUGACUUGUGGUUCAAAAAAUGGUUUUAUAUUAAAGACAAAAUGAACACUGCCUAUAUGCUGCACCAGACUAAAAAUGCAGGUUUAUGUUCAUCAUUGCAAUGGAGUAAAUAAACAGGAAGCCCCACUCUGGACUGCACCUUUGAUUUAGCUGGUGAAAUUACACGUGCUGAAUAUGCAACUGUUAAUUAGCACAGCCAUACUCUGUAUUUAUACUCUGUACAGUGAGCAGGGCAGUCCCAGGCAUGUUGGAUCCAUGUACUCAGCCACACUUGCUUUCAAAAGUUUCAGAAUGCACAGGCACCUUUUGAGAGCAUGGCAGUCCAUCUAAAUAUCAUCCAGAACUUUAAAUCACCAGGGUAGGAGGGAAUUUGAGGAGAAAUAGUGAAUAAGUGUCCUUUGAAAGAAAUUAGCUCUUAAAUGGAGUUGUCAUUCCUUUGCACAAGUAACUGUCUGGAGGCUUGGACUUGAAGCAGCUGGGGGUUUUCAGUUGGGAAUGUUUUUAUUUGUGGGUUUUGUUACAUGAAUUCAUAGAAGGCAUUUGACCAUGGGAGCCUUGUAAGUGUCCUUGCUUCCUUGGAGUCCUGGGAGUGCCAGGACACAGCCAAGUGCAGGAUCAAACCAUGAGAUGCAGAUCAAACGUUUUCACUCAGAGAAUUCCAUUGAUCUGUCAGUGCUCAGUGCCACAAAAGGAGCAUCUUUGUUCCCAUGCUUUCUGACAUGGACAUCAUCUUCCUUCUUGGUAGCUCUUUUGGUGGAAGUAGAGUUAUUUUUAUAUCCUAGAGGCCUCUGGUCAUUACUAUCUCAAAAUAGCAGCUAAAGGUUUUCUUUUUUUUUUACUUGCAAAUUUAGGUGUAGGUGUCAAAUUUUAUUAAAAGGUUAACUUCCCUUGCCAUCACCAGCUCAUUUUUAGUAACUGCUUUCUCCACCUGUUAUUAGAGCAGCAGGCAUUACCUUUCAGGGAUCCCAGAACUCCAUAUGGAUUUAGGGGGCAGCAUUUUGGUGGUGGCCUACCUCAGAUUACUGUUGCCUCCUUCCUUUUUAAGUGGUUUUUGUUUCCUUUAGUUCUGCUUCACCUUUGAAACCAUCACGAGAGCCAUAGCUUUGUUUACAGAACUGAAUCAGGCAAGGUUGACCUUUUGGGAAAGAGAAUUAAAUUGGGGGGACAGUUUUAUUCAGGUUAUUUUCACUUUGUAUUUCUUUAUGAGGACAUAGGCUUUAGUUUAACCUGUUCACAUCAUUCUGGAAAAAAUUCAGUUUUCUGUUACUGUCAUCUUAAAAAGCAAAAAGAAUGUAUUCAUCAAAAAGAAAAACCCUUUUGGAAAGGGGAGAGUGUGUUCUUCCCAAGUGUUUGGAAGUCUGCUCCCUGCAUGUGGAAUACUGCUCAUCAUUAAUCAGGAAUCGCCCUUAGUGUAUGGCAUUGUACAUUUCUUUGUAUGGUAUUAAACACUGAAGAAUUCAGGAAUCACAGCUGCAACUAGCACUUAUUCCAUGCCAUCUAAUUCAGAUCAGCCAAUUAAUUUCUCAUUUGAUCUUAGAGGAAUCUUAUUGUUUACAUUUAUUGUUUCUUAAUGAAGUUUGAGAAUGAGCCCAGCUCUGGUUCUCCUCCUCCUGCCAGUGUCCCUGAGUAGGCACCAAUGAGUGUGUGUUGAGAGGUGAAAAACAGGACAUCUUAUGCAACAGGCAUCAGUCAGAACAUAGAAAACAAACCAUUCUGUGAAUGAAAAUUGUAUGUUCAGAUUUUAUAAGAUUUUUGGUUUGUUUUUUUUUUUUAGCCAGACCAAUUUACAGCCGUAUAUUUUCUUAUGGAAGAUGUCUAAUAACAGGUGCUGUAACACUAUUGUUGGGUUUUACUCUCUGGUGAUAAGUGUACCCAAUAUUUCUAAGGGCAACUAUGUACUGUGAUGUAAAAGUCUGGGCUAAAAUGUACAUAAUUGUGUACAUAAUUGUGUACUUGAUUAUAACUGCUGAUUGUAAAGAUUUAAUAAAAUGUAAAUAUUCUGGUCAA